CUGGGUGAGGCAGUGCUGUGUGGAUCUGUGCAAAAGCCUCAAUUAAUAUUUAAGAUAGUCCCAUGAAGUAAAUGCUUCACCUGUUUGGCGAUAUGAUUCGUCUGACAGCAUAUAAAUCGUCCCAGGUGGCUUCUAAAUGUAAAUUGGAUGGGAACAGUGGAAAGAAAUGAAUAUGAGCGAAAAUGGCACCAACAUCUCUCAGAGCACACCAUAAGAGCCGGGCGGGUUGCACCACAUGCAAAUCCAAGAAGGUGAAGUGCGACGAGGGACAGCCGUGCUCGUACUGCGUCAAGAGACAGCUUUCAUGCAGCUUAGCGCCAUCGUCGUCACCUUCGACCGAGAGUGGGAGGGGUUCGAAGACACCGGAGAUAAGGGUGGUUCAACCCUACGAGGGGACGUCCUUCUCCUUCACUGAUUUUGGCUUGUACCACCAUUUCGCCAUUUCCACGGCCUUCGCACAGGCGGACGAUAGCGCAUCGGCAUCAGUGUGGCGGGAUGUGGUCGGUGAUCUUGCGACACAGUAUCCGUACCUCCUCCACGAGAUCCUAGCGACCGCCGCACUACACCAGCGUUUAGCCCUCCCGGACCAAGCCGCCUAUCUCGAGCGUGUCGCCGCUGAACACCAAGCUAAAGCCAUUCCGCUAUUCCGACAGGCUUUAGCUUCUAUUUCAGCAGAAACGGCUCUGCCUUUGUUUGCUUGCGCGUGUCUGUUCAUACCAUAUCACUUUGCUGCUGCGAAAGAUGCUUCGUCGCUGCUUUUCAAUGAGGAAGCCGGGACUCUAGCCGAGUGGCUUAUUUUGAUUCAGGGUUGCGCGGCGAUCACGAUGGAGCAAAACGCCACCCUUAUGCACUCAUCUCUGAGGGCGCUCCUUGGCGAGCUGUAUACACCGAAGGUGGAGGACUUAGGCAACGGGCCUACAGACGAAAGGCUCGUCGAUCUAUAUUCGAAAUUGCCCAUCACACCUGAACAGAGAGAAACAUACUCGGAUACUCUAGUUAGGCUACGGGUGUGCUUCUACUUGUCAGAUAAAGCAGACUCGCCGCUGGAUAAGAAGAACGCGGCUCUCAGGUUUCCAUCUAUUAUAAACAAUAAUUUUCGAACAGAACUUGCUGCUAAGCACCCGGCGGCCCUGAUCAUAAUGGCUUACUGGUGCGUCUUGUUAAAUCGUGUCGAGGACAGAUGGUGGCUCAAGGACAGGGUCAAGCCAUUGCUGAUCAAGAUCAAGGAAUUGAUACCAAUGCAGUACACGACUAUUAUAGAAUGGCCCCUGGGAGAGGUUGGCGUAUAUCCUGAGCCUGAGAUAGGUGUUUAAGCUGUCCGAAAUUAGAUUCGAGUUUAGAGAGAAAUCGAACUGAAAAAAGAAUAUAAAAGUCUAAAUGCGAA